AUGCUUGACAUAGCAAUAACAGGUGCUGGGCCUGUUGGUCUGACUCUCGCCCGCCUCCUCCUUCCGUACACAUCGCACAGCACCUCGACUCCCACCAUUUCCAUCACUGUCUUCGAAAAAGAUACCUCUCCGACCUCUCGCCUCAGUGUGGGCGGCACUCUAGAUUUGCAUCCCAAGACUGGCCUUGCAGCAAUUCAAGCAUGCAACCUCUGGGACGAAUUCAGCAAACACGCCCGCUUCGAAGGCGAGGAGAUACAAUUCUGCGACCGGAACGGGUUCUGUUACAUUCACCAAAUAGAGAUCCCAAAGACACUUCAGGCAGAUCAUGCACGGCCAGAGAUUGAUCGCGUAAGACUAAUGGAAGUGUUGUUAGGUAGUACACCUGAGGGUAUCAUUCAGUGGGGAAAGCAGGUAAAGGAAGUGAAGCGGGCGGAAAGUGAUGACAAGUGGAGUCUCGUGCUCGGAGACGGAAGUGUUACAAAACCUUUCGACCUUGUCGUUGGUGCGGACGGGGCAUGGAGUAAAGUGCGGAAAGCUUUGACUGAUGUCGAGCCGUCAUUCUCAGGAAUCUGUUCCGUGAGUGGUACCAUUGACCAGGAUAGUGCCGGCGCGAGCUGGGAGCACAUCUCGAACAUGGUCGGGAAAGGAAGCAAUUUCGCUUUCUCGUAUGGCAAAAGUAUGGUAGGACAACGAAUGGGCGAUGGAAGCCUGAAGAUCGGUUUCGACCAAAAGAGAGAGCCUGCAUGGUUGCAGAGCCUCGAUGAGAAGUACAAAAGCGACGACGACGCGCUGAAAAGAGCACUUCUAGAAGAGUACAAGGAUUGGGUACCCGAGUUUCAGCGAUGGAUCAUAGCCUCAAAGCAGCUGUGGACUUCCUCCUUGUACGAAUUGCCAGUUGGGCAUCGCUAUGAACACCAAAAAGGGAUCGUUCUAAUCGGCGACAGUGCACAUCUGGCCACACCAUUUGCUGGCGAGGGCGUCAACGCAGGUAUGCGAGACGCUCUCGAUCUCGCUGCUGCCAUUGAGAGCUCGAUCAAGGAGAAUCAAGAUCUUGAUCGGCUAAUAGCAGACUUCGAAGAGUCCAUGUUUGUUCGUACCAAGGUAGUCAUGCAAGACACUAUGAUGAACAAGGACGGAAUGUUUGCCCACGACGCACCGUACUCACUGCUCGCCAAUUUUGUUGGUGUUGCAGCGAGGGAGUUUGGGUAUGAUCUGGAUAAAGGCUGGAUCUCAUGGGUGCCGUUGAGGAGUGCUGCUCGUGGGGUAUUUUGGACUAUGGGAUCUUAUGGUGCUGUAAGCAGGAGGGUGAAGGACGCCUUGAUAGGACAGAAACCUCUCUGA